UCAAAUAGUCUUGAAAAUAUUUUACUGUUUAGGAACCCUAGGCUGUGUCGGGUUUUCCUCUUGGAGAAACUUUAAAGAUCGUUUUCAAACUUGUUUGAAAACUCCUGUUGGGGGCUCAGGGGCCAGCACGGAAGGUCUACUGGAGGUUAAACAUAUUCUCCAACCUAUCUGUUCCUCUUUGCGCACUGUCGACAUUACCGACACCAGUAUCACCAACGUCGGCCUGGAGUUCCUCUACAGGAAGAUCGAGAAGUUGAGUUCCCUCGGCGAGUACUGCAUCAGUGACUCCUUCUUCAGGUCCCUGUGCGUGGUGUCCAGCCUGAAGAUGGACAAGUUCCCCCUCAUCUCCCUGCACGCCAGGAAGGUCUCCACCACGGGGAUGUACAAUCUUCUUCAUGUAUUCAACAAUAUAAGGAGUUUAACCUGUUGGGAACCCAUGUUUGAUAUCUGGGAUCUUUCAUACUUUCCCCAUCUUAGACAACUCACGCUCAUUCGAGUUCGAUACUCGGAAUCCGUUCUUAACUCGAUCAUCUAUUAUUUCGAGAACUGUAAGCGAGCCAAAUAUCUGGAGAAGAUUUGCCUGGAAUUUAUUGUUCAGGAUCAGGAUAUCCAGGAGGCCCCUGUCCUGUAUAUCCCGGAGGUUGAUGUAUCCAAGAUUUUUCACAAAUGCGAAAGUUUAAAGGUUUUCACAAUCGAGUUUAAGGACAGUCUUCAAGCCACGCCCUCCCUGGGCUACUCCGCCUACAACAAUCCAAGGAACGUGACGAGGGCGUGGUUCCAAAGCUUGUCCCACGUCCAGUUCGGACAGAUGGUUCAGAACAGCGUGGUGUCCGUUAUUCUCGGGAACUGCCCUAGUCUUGUUAACUUUCAUGCUAACCAUUGUCCAGACCUGGGGGAUUCAGAUCUUACAGAGGCUUUACCUAUAGAAAAAGCGGAAUCAAGGCUAAGACUGCGCUGUUUCUAUAUUUACGAAGCUUCUCUUCUAACAGAAAACUCUUUCUACACAAUCCUGGAAGCUUUCCCGAAUCUCAGACAAUUUGGAAACCUAUCUCGCUGGGCGGUGAACUGUGAGGGAAUACAGACGAUCGUUCGAACAAUCAGGAAUAAUAAUCUAGAGGUUGAAAUAUUGUGUGGUUCUCAUUGGUUUCAGUCCGCCUGUGAGCAGGAAGUUAUAAUCUGAAACUGGGAUCAAAUCAAGGAUCAAUGUCCAACCCUCAGCCCUGCAUCAAUCAUGAAUUAAACAAUGAUGAAACCAUAAUCAAAUUUGAAUUUUUACAAAGCAACAAGAUUAAAAAAUCAGAUCUGGGAACCUUUGUGAUGAAUACCCAUAAUGCCGAUCGUUUGAUCUUGAUAUUCACAUCGGGUACUUUAGAAUUAUGCGCAGAAUAUUCUGCCUGGUCUCUUCAUUUUGGAAAUCAGCUAUUUCACUGUUGUCUCAUUGGUUGAAUCCAUAAUUCCCUGGCUUCUAAUUGGCUGUCUGUUUUCCACAGACGACACUAUUUACGGGAUAUCAAAUACAGAUUAAAUUAAUCUGCAUGUUAACGAAAGAUGGAGAUCAAGCUUUGAUCUCGAUAUCCACAAUACAAGAGUUCCCACCUAUGGUUAAGAAUUAGGUCUUGAAUAUGGUUUGCUAUAUUUCCGAUAUCAGCGGGGGCGAAGGGAUAUGUUUUGAAAACCUCGUUAUUCUUAAUGUUAUUUUUGAGGGGAAAUAAUCAAAUUUUUUUUAAGUUGUUUAAAUGUGAUUUUGAUCUAAGUGAUCUCAACAAAAAUCUAGUCCUAUUGUUAACACCAAAGAUUUAAAAAUUGUUUUAUUUUAUUUAUAUAUUAUAAUAUUUUCUAAUACAGUUUUCACUUGCAUUUAUUAUUUAAUCUACAGUAAUAACCAGAAAACUAUGGAAUUUGAAGUCGCCUUUUAAACUCAAGCUAUGACUCUUAAUAGCGCAUUAAACAUGAGGCACAGCAAUUGUGCAAUGUAAACAGACCCAUUUUACUUUUGUAAUUUAAUAACUUUCAAGUAAAGCUAUUUGCUUUGUAUCAAAAUCAAAUGCACUUCAUUAAUUCUAUAAUGUCGUGUUCCAAUUCCACGGUUUUCUGGUUAUUACUGUAGUCAUUUUUUUACUUUGGGUUGUCUUUUAUGACAAACUGACAGCUCAUUAAACUUUAUCUCUUGUUUUAAUAUUUAUUUAUUUAAUUUAUUAAAAUUAAUUUAUUUCGACAUGCAAAAUUCUUGAAAUUAUCCCGUUGAAAAGUUGCCGUUCGUUGUUAAUAUAGACAUGAAGUAGUAAUUUAUCUAAAUAGAACUUACUAUAAACAUUAAACAUGUUGAUGUCUAGCGUAGUACAAUAUGUAAUGUACCAAAAGUUUCAAUGUCUUUUAAAACAAUAUUUUUAAAGAUAAAUCGGCGCGAAUGUGUAAAAAAUCUGAGGAAAAAGAUUAAAAAUUAAAUUUAUAUUUCAAUGAACAUGUUAAGUUUUACCGUUUUCAAAUGUUUAAAUGUAUUUUUCCAUUCGUCGGUGAAUAGCAUUAUAUUUCAGA